AUGGAUAAUGCCAACUCAAAUUCUUGUAGAUUACCACCUUUAGAAUAAGAAAAUCAAAAAUCAAGGACUUUAUCAUAAUAAAAAAAUGCUAUCACGUAACAAAUGAUAAGCACUAACAAAUUUGAACCGAAGACAAAUUUAUAAAAUAAAAAAACUGGCCCUGCACCAAGUAAAGUUUUAGAUUAUUAUAUAUAUUUGUUAUUUUUGUGGAGGACAUGAUUGCAAAAAGGAAUAAGCUAUUUCAAAUAAAAAUAAAAAUCCUAUUGAAGGAUUGUAUUGAGAUUGGAUUACUGAUAAUAUUUUAGCUAUGUAAAGACUAAGUACGAUAUUAUACCUCAUUUCUAACAGAAUAGAGAUUAUCCUUUUAAAACAUAACAUUGGAGCAGUUAUCAAUUUAUAAUAAUAAGGAGAAUAUGCAGGUAUUGAAUUUUCAUAUAACCCUUAAUCAUUACAAUCAGGCAUUUAAAAUCUAAUCAAAAGCUAAGAUCAAUUUUUUAAUUAUAGAUAGGAAGAUAGGACAGGAUAUUCAUAAAUUAUAAAUCAUAAAAAAUUAAAAAAUCAAAGUGGAUUUGUAUAUCUCUUGAAUUUAAGGAAGAAUACUCUAAUUUUAAAAAUCAAAGAAAUGAUAUAAAAACUAAGUACUAUUUGAAUAAGUCAAAAAUUUUAAAUAGUGAAAUAAUAGUACUUUUGAAAAUCUUCUCAAAAUUUUUUUAGCUUUUGACCUAAUGGCUAAAAAAAUGAUAAAAAGGUUGCUGUUUAUUAUCUUGUUGGUACAGGCAGAACUAGAGUUGCAAUAGUAGCAUGAUUAAUUUAUGGAGAAAGAAUGCUAGAAGAAUCUAUUCGAUUAUUUUAAUCAAGAAAAAGAGAUUCUUUAGGCAAAAUUGCUUAAAGGGAUUUAUUAAAAUAUUUCAGAAAUGUAUAUAUAUAGUCUUAUAAAAUAGAAAAAGGUAUGCUUUCCCUAUAAUAUUCGGAUUGAUCUAUGAUGAUAUUGUAUAUUAGCAAAACCAAUAUUUUGUAAAUGAAUUAAAGUACAAAAUCAAAUUGAUUUCAAUCCUCUCUAUAUUAUUUUCAAUAGAAUCUUAAUAUUUUUAGAAGAUCAUAUACUUCCUUCAUAAUAAAUAUUAUAAACAUUUAUUAGCAAUCCUUUAAAUUAAUCACCUUUAGAUAAAGAAGAAUUAUAAAAACUCAUUAAAUAAUAUGAUGCCCACAAUUUUCUUUUAGUGA